AUGGUUCAAUACCCAUUUCCGAUACCGAAUGGAUCGCCAUUCCCUAUAUCGAAUAUUCCAUUCGGUAUAUUCCACACCGAGGGUAAUCUUGAUCCGCGACCGGGAACGGCUGUUGGCGACUACGUUUUAGACCUUAGAGUUCUCAUCCAGAACGGAUUACGCGUAGAUGAGUCCGUGAAAGACGCACUGGCAUCCUCUUCACUGAAUGCUUUUGCUGCGCUUGCGGCUAAUGUACGCAACUCCCUCCGGAAGGCCAUUCAAGAGGCUUUACGAGAUGAGUCUUCCGUACUCUACCGAGAAGAUACCGGUGUCAUCGCAGCCGACCAAGUUACAAUGCACGUCCCAAUGAAGAUUGGCGGCUUCACGGACUUCAUGUGCUCGCUAGAACACGUUCAAACUAUGGGCCGAAUGGCAGGAUACAGUGAAGUUCCUCAGAACUUCUUCGAUCUACCAGCAGGAUACAACGGCCGGGCAUCAUCCGUCAUCGUCAGUGGCCAAAACGUCACUAGACCUCAUGGUAUCAUUCCCGGACCCAACGGCGCAACAUAUGCUCCAAGCGAGAAGUUCGACUUUGAGCUCGAAAUGGGAGUUUUCAUCUCCAAUCCAAUCAAGUAUGGCGAACCGACUCCAGCGUCCAGAGCUCGUGAUCAUGUCUUUGGGUUUGUACUUCUGAAUGACUGGAGUGCGAGAGAUAUACAAUUCUACAAGAUGGCUCCGUUAGGACCAUUUAACGGUAAAGCUACAGCAACGAGUAUUUCGCCUUGGAUCGUGACGGUUGAGGCUCUGGAGGAGGCUGGUGCACUACUAACUACCGAAGAUCUGGGCUUGAGAGGAGGAAAGAGCACGACCAUGCCGUUUCUUCGAUGUCAAUACGAUGUCGCAGUAAGGGUUUCUACAUCACUGUCCCGAAACGGGGUAACGGAGGACCUCCUCGGAAAGUCUGAUCUUAAACACCUCCACUGGUCACCCUUCCAGAUGGUAGCUCAUCAUAGUAGCUAUGGAUGUGGUCUGGAAACUGGUGAUUUGCUCGGCACUGGUACGCUCUCUUCCAGCACCGAGCAGAUCAAGGAGUUCGGAAGUGAUCAUGACCCAAUUCGUAGGUCUGGGUGUUUAGCGGAGCUUGUGUUGGGCGGCACUCGGCCUUUCACCUUAUCUGAUGGGUCUGAAUUGGUUUGGUUGGAAGACGGCGAUACUGUUACUAUGGAAGGAUGGGCUGGUACGGGAGAUCGUGCAAUCGGCUUCGGAAAAGUAUCAGCCAAGAUUUUGCCCGCCAAGGAAUUUGCUUGA